AUGGAGAAGGCCGCCGAGAACGAGAAGACGCGCAAGUUUGCCAUCCUCUCGAGCUCGGCGACGUGCUCACAGCCCUGCAAGACUACGCAGCUCACCGUCAACGGCCGCAUCAUGGUGGACGCGCUCACGUACACGACGAGCAACAGCAGAGCCAUCGCACUCGAGCCGCUAGAAGAGGUGGAAGAGCGCGGCCCUGUCCAGGACGAAGACGAGGACGACGGAAGCUUGCGCCGCCGUGUUCGCCGUGGUUCGAGUACGCGCCGGCGCUACAGCCACGACAACAACAGCUACGACCCGACCGUUUCCGAGAUCCAGUUCCGCGAGCAGGCCGGCAGCGUCGAGGUCGGGGUGGUUGGUGGGAUCCAGAAGACGCGAUUCUUGCCACUGACGACGGAGCAGCUGCUGCUAUGCACGCCCAUAGUCAAGGGCUUCGACCUGCGCAGCAAGAAGUGGCUUGAGUUCUUCGUCGACCAGGCGCUCGAGGUGGCCUUUCGACUGGUCGCCAAGUGGAAGGCCGUGCUGCUGAUCGACGAGUGCGACAUCGUGUUCGAGGCCCGCGACGUCAACAAUGUCGACCGCAACGGCAUCGUCUCCAUCUUCCUGCGCACGCUCGAGUACUACCAGGGCGUCCUCUUUCUGACGACAAAUCGCCGGGGCAACAUUGAUCCCGCCUUUCGCUCCCGCAUCCACGUCCACCUGCACUACCCCGGGCUCGAUAGUCUGGCCGAGCUGUCCCUCAACGGUCGCCAGAUCAAGAACAUCCUCAAGACGAGCGGCCUGUUGGCGUUUCAAGACGACGAGCCGUUGGCGUAUGAGCACAUCCGCACAGUUCUGUUGACGUAG